AUAUUAGGCGACAUUUCAAAGGGUUUUCUUCUUGGUUUAUGUCUAAUUGGUUGGUCAAGCAUUGGAUCACUUAAGCCGGUUGUAGUCCAGUUCAUAUGUGGGCUGUCCAGUGGAUAUGAGAAUACCGACGGCACAAAGAAUAUAUCGGAAUAGUAAUCAAUGCUUCUACUAUGACUACUCGAAAUUCACUUCUGCCAAGGCUGAAUUUUUUAAACGAAAACAAGAUCGACAGGGCUUUUUACAUGUUGAAAGUUACAGAAAAGAAGUUUUUCCGACUUUUAGAUUUGUGGAAUUAUACCAUGGCAGACUAAGCACUUCUGUUGCUGUUUUCAUUCCACCAAAUCGCUACACUACACAACCGUUUUCCCAGAUAUCAGAGCCAAAUGAAUGUUCCACAUAUAAACGUUAUGUGCUGUUAUUGGGUUUGGCAGCUGGAUUAGUUAGUCUUGGGUCGCUUUGGUUAUACAACUUAUUUGAGUGGUGUUCAGGUUUACAAACUUUUGAAUAUCUGAAAAAGACACACCAGGUGUUCAGUCCAGAUGAAUCAGAAAACAAAAGACAAUUUUCAACUGGGCAUGACGACGACUUUGAUUUCAAACAAAGGAGUUCCAAUUAUUCAAAAAAGGUGGAAAGUAUAGUAGAUACACAAGUAGAUAUCGACCAGUAUUUCGAUUUGCACUAUAUCCAUUACGAUCGUAAACUUCCUUCGAAGUCUGAAGAAAUAUUUCCUAGAAAAUGUGUCACAAGCACUGACAUCGUUAUCACGAAUAACGCCGAUCAUGGGGUCCGGUCACAUUUAUUAUGGACUAGUGGAUCCAUGAAUUGUCCUCAUUAUGGUUCAGGCUCAUAUAAGAUCUGUACUAUUUGUUGGCUAAAUAUGCCUGACUGCUGGCUUCAUGGUCCAACAUGGAGUUCUCUGAAUUGUCAAUUUAGUUCAAAUCAAUUAUGGAGAAACACUAACCUUUUAGGACUUCUCGUAUGCUUGCAGUUAAUAUACAGAGCAAUUUAUUUAGCUUGUAGUAGUGUAACGAAACAAUCUAACUCUACACAGACUAGCCCUAUAUCUACACCGAAUUUAAUAAACAGUGAGUAUUCGGAUUGUUUACAUCAGUUGUCGAAUACUCCUUUUAAAUUUGAUAGUGAGUCUAUUACAGCUCAUACACCUUUAGUAACAUCCACUGUCAACAUGACCCCGAUUUCUAACUGUCCACUCUUAGAGCAUAGUAAGAUAGGGUUCAAUCCUUCAAAAUCAGAUCAAUCCAAUUACUUGCUUCAAUCAAAAUUAAUGAGCUCAUUCGACAUAAAUUUAAAUAAAACCAGUUUAUGUGAUAAUCAACAAAAUAACAAUGUAAAAUCUCUUUCCACAUCUAUUGAUAACGUGUUAUUUCCAAGUAUGAAAAAUGAGAGCACUGAUCAAACGUCUAUGAAUAUUAAAUCAUCUGAUAAAGAUUUUAUAGUAGAUCCUAUUGCCACUAUAUCUACAGAUCAGUUAUUGUCAAAAGUUAUCGAAAUCCUUAAUCCUAAACAAGUUGAUUGGUUAAACAACUCACCAGUUGGAACAUCAUCAUCACGAUCAUUAAUUCAUCGUGUACAUAGUGAUGCUGUGUUAGAUAGAAAAAUGAGUAAAUCUUGUAAAUAUUUGGCGAAGGAAAAUGAUUAUACUACUCGGACUACUACCAAUCCACCUAUAUAUCAUCGUUCACGUUUUCAUUCCAGUUCAAAUUCAUCUACUUUGUCAUGUUUAAAUAUUGAUGAUAAUGAAGGUUUUGAGUACGAUGAUAUUAUUUCUAUCUAUGCAACUAAAGAUGAAGUAAUGAGAAACAUUAACAAAAAUCAAAUGACUAUAAAACAUAUUCAUGGUGAUAACAAUGAUGAAGAUGACGGUGAUGGUGUUCUCAUUGAUGAGAACAAUGAAGAUAUAGACGACAAUAUUCUUCGACAACUCGACACAUUAUCUUCUCUUCUUAACAAUAAGUCUGAUAAUUUCUUCCAAGGUCAAUCAAGUGAAAUUUCAUCAGAUUUAAACAAAAGUACAUACAUUGCAAAUGCACCUGAUGACGUAUUAAUAUCAUUCUCAUCACCGUCAUCGUCACCGGGAAUUAAUAAAAAUCCUAAUAAUUUAUUACCUAGUAGUAAUUCCGAUGCAAUAAAAUUCACUGAUCUUACACAAAAAACUGUUGUACUCACAGAUGAAUUAAACAAACUAGGUGUUACACUUGAUCGUUUAUUGUAUAAACUACAAGCUAAUCAAAUUCAGUUGGAUCAAGCUGAAGAUAAUUUAGAUUAUAUGUGGUAUUUAAGAGAUAAUUUAGAUAAUAAUUUUUCGUCAAACACAUCUGAUUGUUGUUCUGAGUUUGGUUUAAGUGAUGUCGAAGCAGAAGCUUUACUAAAUGAUGAUGGUGAUGUUGAUUUAGAUGAAAAUGGCAGUGAUGAUGAUGAAUAUAAAGGGACGGAUGAUGAUUAUUGGUCAUCACAUGGUAGAAUGACACAAUCAUCUACUCAUCCAAAUGAUUACUGUCCUAUCCGUGGUAUUUCUGGUUAUUUGUUCAGUUCACAUGGAACACUUGAUAGUUCUCAUUAUUCUAACUUAAAAAUCCCAAGUGAUAUUUGUAAUCAUUCAUCAAAUUUGGAUUCAGGGUUAGAACAAUCAGUUAUGACAUGUUCUGAAUCAUAUGCACAGAUGUUCUCACCAAUGCCAGAAAAACAUUCAGAAAAUUCUCUUGAUCAUCACUUUUUAUAUAAUAGAUAUUUAUCAAAUUCUCAAGUCUUUAAGAAUUACUCACAUUCACUUCCAAAGUAUUCACGUUUUAAAAAACGAUGUAGUUAUAGUCAAAAGAAACGAAUGUGUAAUAGUGAGAGUAAUCGUUUUUCUACAAAUGUUCUUCCUGAUUCUGAUGGUUUUCUACAUCCAGGUGGGUUCUUGAAUUAUAGUUUAUUUUAUUCGGGAUUGGUGUAGAUGAGAGUUUAAAGUUGUUCAGACAUAUAACUUUGAACCAAAAAGUUGUUGACAUAUCACUUAUUCUACCUUCGUUCUAAAUAAGUAGUAUUUAUUAUUGUUUUUUUAUAUUAACCAGUUUGCCUUGUACAAAGUCUUGUACUUGUUUGUAAGCCAUAUUAGGUGUGAAGACUAGUGAUUAUAUCCGAUUGCCCGAACCGAAGUAGAUGGAAGGUUAUUCGAAUUUGCGAUUUAGUGGCUGAAAGUCUAGUGCUUUAUAACCGCUAAGCUACCCCUCAUUGACCUGUUUUAUUUAGAAUUGCUAGCAUAUGAAUCUGUAUGUAAUGUUUAGUUUCGCUUAUUUAUUAAACUUUAUAGAGCGUUUCUGUUGCGUUCGUUGUUUUUUUAUUCAGCCGAACCAAAAAAUUCUCUCAACGACUAAUUAUACGAACUUACUAAGCAUUAUUAAUCUCUCGUGUCUUGUCAGCGCAAUAACUUUUGUUUUUCAUAUCUAGCCUUCAAUCAUCUAACUGUAGGCUUGAUUUUAUUUACAUCUGUUUUGACCUCUUAGCUAGUAUAGGUUGUCUACUUAUAAAUUUAAAUAACACUUGGCCUCUUAUGCUUAAAUAUUAGAUCAUAUACUUGUCAUUAAGAAACUAUCUCUUCACUUUACCCAGUUCACUUUAAUUAUAAUUGUGGUUUUCACCAUAAAGCUUUAAAGUAAAUUAUCUCUCUUUAAUCAAUUUAAUGAUAAAUGUUUUGUUAAUCUGGCUACUUAGAUUAAUAAGUAAAAUUAAACUUGUUGACAUAAAACUGGAGUUUGUUUUCAUUCGCAAAGAAUAAAUAACUAUUUAUUUCUUCUACUUUGCUACCAAAUGUUUUCCUUCCUCUAUAUUUAAUCAACAUGCGCUUCAUUUUAUUAUUGUAUUUCCUUCGAUUACAGCGUGUGAUUAAACCACAUGAUACUUUAAUUAUCUUAGGAAUACGUUCCCUUUUCAUUACCGUUCAUUUAAUGUCAAUCACUAGUGGAAACAUUAAAGCAUUAGUUUUGUACUAGUGAAUACUUACAGUGAUUUAUGAUCGAGAUCAACAUGAUUUAUGUGUAACUAAUUAUUCAGGUAUCUAAGCCUUCAACUUUCAGCUAUGGGUUUGUGGGUUGAAACCCCUUAACUAUAUAGUUAUAACGUUAUCGAGAUUCGUGCAACAUAGCCUAAGUGAUGUUAUUUUUAGGUUGGUGUAUUUACUGUUUCAUCUCAGAACUGUUAUGAUUAUUUUUUAAAAGUGUAGCCAAUGAAUAAAUUUUUAUGUCAAAAAUCUUAUUCUAGUUAAUGUGAUCGAUUCACGAAAUAUUUUAGUUUCUUCUAAAACUUUAUGACAUUAGAGUGAAAACUAUUAGCAACUGAGUAUUUGAAGUUCCAUAAAUGUUAAAUACUUAAGGCAUUAACGCAAAAUUGAGUGUUUGGUCCAUUGUGUUAUAAAUUUUGUCUGAAUAACCCCCAAAUACCCUAGUACGAAUGAGGGUGGGGAGAAUUCGCUCUUCUUCUUGAAAUACUUUAAUGUGACCAUAUAUAUAUAUAUAUAUAUAUAUAUACAUAAUGCCAUUGAAGUCCUACUCACUGCCUUCUCUCGGCAUGGGUGUCGUUUACGAACUUGAGAGGAUGAGAAGCUAAUGUCCGGCGCUUCAACUGUGUUGGAGGGUAUGGAAGAUCCAUCUAAGGGAGUUGGAAAACCUUUAUCCCAGACCAAUGGUGCACAUGAACUCCUGGAUUUUGAUGGAACAAGUGGCGUAUGAACCUACCGUUGGUCUUCGGCUACCAUGAAACGAUGUCUUUUCGCCAUCUAUACCUACGCUCUGGUAGAUUUCGGCCCGGAAUUGAUCAACGAUGAGUUUUACCACUAUUCUAUAUAAAGUGCGUUCGACAGACAUUCUGUAAAAGGUUGGAUCUACAACGCAUCGGUCAGAGCAGUUUUGCUAUAUCCUUGUGGAACAUAACUUCUUCGUGUCGAGGAUGUUGGACGACUGUGUUUAAUCGUCGUUUUCUUUGACAGAUUGCUGAUAUCCAGUGGCCACACCAUGUUAAUAAUGCAGAGUUUCAAACACAUGUGUUCGGGGUCGGGGACGAUGACUCAACUGAUGUUAUCAUCUCAAAACACUGACUUCGGUGACUUGGAUAUAUCCUUUAAAUGUCAUCCCAGAGAAUUACAUGUCAUGCUUCAUUUGCCGACACUGGAUCUGGUUGGAAAAAGUGGGGAGGUGGUCAGUGCAUGAUAUGGUACGAAAGAAAGCUAUUUAGGACUGGCUUCUCCUGGUUCUUCACAACUCCCUCGUUUGGGUGCUAGAGAUGGUGCAACACAGUGGUUAAAGACGUUAUCAGAUAUUGGAUUAGGAUAGAAGCCAAUUUCGAUCCUGCUAUAACUUUUACUUUCUUCAUAAAAAUGAACGUAACUGCUUUAAUUGAAAGAAUGCUUUCUGGUUAUAUUUUCGCUAACUGAACUGCCUCGCCUAUUAUUAUUAUUUAUUAUUUAUUUGAACACAUAAAUAUUGGUACAAGGGGGCACCAAAUAUAUAUGCGCCACACAAAACAGUGAGAAUGGGAAGAGAAAAAGAAGGUAAGGUGAGUAUGAGAAUAAAAAGAAAAAAGGACAAUAACGACCACAGAUUAGUGUAAGGUAGUGUAGUAAUAAUAAUAAUGGGGAAACGGAAAGGUACAAUCAGAAGAAUUCUUUCAGUUAAGAAAGAUACAACCACUUUUUAAGAAGAAAGUAAGAGAAGGUUACAGCAGGAUCGCCACUGGCUUCUAUUCUGAGCCAUAUCUGAUAACAUCUCUAGCCGCUAUGUCGCAACAUCUCUCGGACCGCAGCCAGGGAGUCGUGAAGGACCAACACAAGCCAGUCCUUUGCAGUUUUCUUUCAUAUGACGACACCAUGUCAUACAGGGACCACCUCUUCGCUUUUUCCGACCAGUCCCAGCGUCGGCAAAUAAUGCACGACGUGGAAUUCUCUGAGACGACAUUCGUAGAACAUGUCGAAGCCACCGAAGUCGAUGUUUCAAGAUGGUGACACCAAUCGGAUUAUCGUCUCUGUGCCCAAACACACGAUGACGAACCUCUGCAUUACUAACAUGGUGUUGCCACUGGAUGUCAGCAAUCCUUCGGAGACAGCGAUGAUCGAACACAGAGAUUCAUCUAACGUCCUCAACUCGGAGAGGCCAGGUUUCACAAACAUGGAGCAUGGUGAGAUCGGGCAACCCUGUGUAACCCCACUGCUUGAAUGGAACAAUGGAGAAAGGUGAUUAUAUGCCCUCACUCAACCUGAGGUGUUUGUGUAUAGAACCCUUUAAGAUGUUAAUGAACUUCUCAGGCACACUCUUCUUCAAUAAACAAUCCC